AUGGUAGAGGUGAAUCAUUAUCAGUUCAAUGUCGUCAUGUCCUGCUCGGGAUGUUCUGGUGCAAUCAAUAAGGUUUUGACAAAAUUGGAGCCGGACGUUUCCAGAAUAAAUAUAUCACUUGAAAAGCAAUUAGUAGAUGUAUAUACUACGCUUCCUUACGAUUUUAUUCUGGAAAAGAUAAGGAAAACCGGGAAAGAAGUUAAAUCCGGGAAACAGUUGUGA